UCGCUUCCUCCCUCUGGCGUCUUCGCUUUCAAGAACGGAAUAGAAAGCGCGGAACCGACUCUUCCCACCGAGAAAAAGCCGAGUCCCUAGAGAGAGAAAGGGACAGUUCUAGAGAGAGAGAGAGAGAGAGAGAGAGAGAGAGAUAGUGAGGGUUUUCUGAUUGUUCUCAUCUUCUUCUUUUCUUCAUCUUGCUUGGGGGUUUUGAUGAGGAUUCUUAGGGUUUGGAUUCUGGAGUGAGGAUCGGUUGAUCGAUGCCGCUGCGUGCUUUAUUUUCGGUGGAUUUGUGUUUGUGAGGGAGGGAGGGGGAGGUCUGGGAAGAGGGAAGGGAGAUGUACGUAGCUUCCAUGCGAAAAUCUUUCAAGGACUCUCUGAAGGUUCUCGAAGCUGAUAUUCAGCACGCCAAUACACUGGCGUCAGAUUUUUCUAGAGAUUAUGAUGGGGCCUGUCUUCAGAUGAGAAUGUCAUACAGCCCAGCUGCUCACCUGUUCCUUUUUCUAGUACAAUGGACAGACUGCCACCUUGCAGGUGCUCUUGGACUGUUGAGAAUACUUAUUUACAAGGUUUAUGAGGAUGGUACAACAACAAUGUCUACCCAUGAAAGAAAAGCAAGUAUUAGAGAAUUUUAUGCGGUAAUUUAUCCUUCCUUGUUGCAACUUCAAAGAGGCGUUACUGACACAGAGGAUAAAAAGCAGAAGGCUGUAUGCAUGGAAAGGUAUAGAAGGAGAGAUGAUGAUGAGCGGAGGCUCUAUUCAGAUGUAGACAUUGAAAGAGAGGAAGAAUGUGGAAUUUGCAUGGAAAUGAAUAGUAAGGUUGUUCUGCCCAACUGCAACCAUGCCAUGUGUUUGAAAUGCUACCGUGAAUGGCGUAUAAGAUCACAGUCAUGCCCCUUUUGUCGCGACAGCCUGAAGAGAGUGAACUCUGGUGACCUUUGGGUGUUCACAGACAGCAGAGACAUUGUGGACAUGGCAACACUGACUAGGGAGAACCUGAGAAGGCUUUUCAUGUACAUAGAUAAGCUGCCCGUGAUUGUUCCUGAUACUCUUUUUGAUACAUAUGAUUCCCACCUAAGAUAGGUGGUGUGACCGAAGUACAUUCUGAACUCUCUUUCACUUGCCCCUCUGGUGUCUUCCUUCCAACCGGGGUUGGUUCGUAUAUCUUUCUUUCCUUCUGGUGGUUUUUACAUAAGAGACCGAAAUCCAUUCGGCCAAUUUAGGUAGGUUAGCGGUGCUGUGGUUUCUUUCUUCUAUUCUGAUUAGGACACGCCCAGCCUGAGUUAUUGUAGGGCAGAGGUGGUGAGGAAGAAGUUGAAGUAGUAGAGAAUAGAGUUGGGGGGAAGGUUAUGGUCUAUUGGUCUAUAUGGGGGAUAAAAAAGGUGUAAUUUUAACUAAUUUGUAAAUUGGUUGUACAGCUUGAAAUUUGGCCGCCAAGAAGAAGAGCUUUUCUGGAUUCUCUUCUCUGGUUAAAUAUUAUUUUAAACUCUCUGGCAUCUCUCAA